AUGAACUACCUCCGUGGCGCGGUGAACGCGAUCAGCGCCCCCUACCAGUACUACAAGGACAUCAACCCUUCUACCCUGACAGGCGCCAUCGACGUCAUCGUUGUCCGAAGACCAAAGGACCUCCCGGAACAUCCGCUCUAUGAUGGCCUCCGCCAACUCACAGACGAGGAAACAGAGCUCGUAUGCUCCCCUUUCCACGUCAGGUUUGGAAAAUGGCAGGUGUUGAGACCACAGGACAAGAAGGUGGAUGUAUAUGUGAAUGGACAGCCCGUCCCAUUUUCCAUGAAGAUUGGAGAGGCAGGAGAAGCCUUCUUCGUCUUCGAGACAGAAGAGGAGAUUCCGGACAGUCUCGUUACAAGUCCUAUCCUUCAAGCUACCAAGCCGGGCGAAGUAAAUGCACAUCCCGAAGGCACGGGCCGCUUCGGAGCUGGUACUGAUGUCAAGGACUCUGCUGCAAGUAGCCAAGAACCGGACUUUCUGGAUCUCGACGCACAACCGGAAGGCGACUCUGGUAGUCCAAGCUCAUCCCGACAAACAUUAGACGGUGAUUCCGAUGGACCGUCUCUUAUCGCACGAACCGCUGAGGUGGGGAAGGCAAUGAUGGGUGUAGCUCGUGAGACGAGGAACACGGAAACAGACAAGCUACGAGACCAGUCCAUUAUUGACGGUAUGAAGCACGCAGCCGGAAUCCGGUUUCCUGGGAUGCGUUCCGACGACGGUGAUGAGUUCCUGCCAAAUCUCAAUCAAGUUCACGAGCCGGAAGUCAGGUACACUCAUGAUGUGGUUUUCGAUAUGGAGGGGUAUCAUUCGACUAGCCACGGUCGAGAUGCAUCGGACAUGACAAUCCGUUCGGGAUCUUCUCGCCCGCAGGACUCUUCGCCAUCGGGUUCAAGCGCAGAUCGAACACCUGGUCCUUCAAGUGAACAACUACGUCUAGGAACACCCUCACCACCUGCAACUUCGUCAAUGGUGCCAUUCCCUCGCGCAACCUCGGAGCCGCCCCCCGAUUUCGACGAGUACGACGCCGUAUCAUCUUCUCGUCAUGCUGCGUCGACUUCCGUGACCCGCACACCCUCGGCAGCGGAUCGCGCUCACCUGCCGUCACUGUCAUCCUUACAGGCGUCAGACACUGAGGAGUACACUUGGGAUUGGGGGAACUUUCCUCAAAAAACUCCCAUCCGCACGACCUUCGGUCCAACUGGCCACUUCCCAGGAACCUCGAUGGACCUUUCUGCACGCAAAAGCAAGGGUCGAACAAUGUCUGAAACGCCAGAUGCCCAUCACGCUCGCACUCGCGUUGCUGCAAGUUCUCUUCGAGGAGCCGUGGAGGAAGAGGAUGUGAAUUCGUAUGGAGUUGGCGGUCGGUUGACUGUCGACAAGAGGGAUCCCACCCGGUACAGGGUCUUUAUCGAGGGUCGGACAGUCGAGUUUGAGCUUGCGGUGGCUGGACCUGAACCAUCGCAGCAAGAGUCGGACGAGAGAAACGUUCACGGAGGGCCAUUAGGUGGUGAGGACGAAGUCAGCGAUGAGCUGCGAUUCGAGAAGAGCAAGAUCGACUUCCACCAGUUCCUGCUUGAUGAUACUGUCAUCGCCGAUCCAAAUCUUGUCCUCCGAUGGGCAGGUGACCAGUAUAUUCGCCGUCAAGACGGAUCCCCUCUCAUGGAUGCACUGGUCACCUGGCGGGAAUCGGCGUUGCGGGAUAAACAGCCUUUAAUAUCCUCUCGACCCGGGUCUCCCCAACCAUUAUCAGAAGAUGAAUCGGUUAAAUCAGAUGGCGACGAGCCAAGGAAUCGUCGCGCCAAACCGACUCCUACUGGCAAGAUGCUGAACAACGAGACUGUCACUAGGACACCUACGUCGUCUUCUUGGGUUCGGUGGUGGAGCCGGAGUCGUCGCGCGGAGGGUACACGACCAGAGCUUAGUCACGCCAGUUCAGAACCGUCAGGUGACUACCAGGAACUGAAAGCGGAGCAAGCGAAGGGGACGUCCGUGCAUCGAACUGCGACGUCUGCGUCAGCACCCCCUCUCCCCAUUUUGGUGUCUACCAACGCUUCAAAAACUUCACUCGGCACCACCCAUCUCGAGCAGCCAAAGAGGUUUGCGAAGACCCUUCGGUUGACCUCGGACCAACUGAAAUCGCUGAACCUCAAGCACGGUGCUAACUCUAUCACCUUUUCCAUAUCGUCAACUGGUGUUGCAGCAUGUACCGCCAGGCUGUUUGUGUGGGACCACACGGAUCAUGUUGUUGUGUCCGAUAUCGAUGGCACGAUCACCAAGUCAGACGCUUUGGGCCACGUCUUCACGAUGAUUGGUCGUGACUGGACACACGUCGGUGUUGCUAAGCUUUACACCGACAUCUGCCGCAACGGAUACAAAAUCAUGUAUCUGACUUCUCGUGCCAUUGGACAAGCGGAUUCCACCCGAGACUACUUGAAGGGUAUCAAGCAGAAUGACUACCAACUGCCUGAAGGCCCAGUCAUUAUGAGUCCUGACAGACUGAUGGCGUCUCUUCAUAGAGAGGUCAUCAUGCGGAAACCAGAGGUCUUCAAGAUGGCCUGUCUCAGGGACAUCCAGAAGCUGUUUGGCGGACCAAACCAUAACCCGUUCUACGCUGGCUUUGGCAACCGGAUCACCGACGCACUGUCGUACCGAAGCGUCAACAUCCCCAGCUCUCGCAUAUUCACAAUCGACUCCACGGGUGAAGUCAAGAUGGAGCUUCUCGAGCUCGCCGGCUACAAGUCGUCGUAUAUCCACAUGACCGACCUCGUCGACCAGAUGUUCCCACCCGUCAACCGGAAGUUCGUAUCCGAGUUCACCGACUUCAACUACUGGAAGCCCCCCAUGCAGGACUUCCCUCUUCCCGAUCUCUCCCCCCCUUCCCCGGCGCUCAGCGCGCGCUCCGACACCUCCAACCAGUCCACCCUCGCCCGCCUCCGCAACUUCAGUCUCGUCGGCCCGCGACAGCCCACCCGGUCCUUCGCGCUUCCGCCCCCCGCAACCGAGGCCACUGGGACGCUGCAGGAGAACGAGGCACGCCUCCGCCAGAUGUCCUCCUUGGAGCGCCUCAGCAACACCCUGGCGACGUUUGCGGGCUCGUCCUCGUCCUCGGUCGGCUCCCCGCGCUCUAGCUCGCCCACGCUGCACGACUCUGAGGACUCGGACUACGAAGGCGACGAUGACCUCGAGAAGGCCCGCCGCCGCCGCGAGCGCCGCCGCAGCGUCGCGAGCAUGCCCGGGUCGCUGCCGGGCUCGAACCCCGGCUCAGACGACGAGAUCGAGUUCGGCGACGAGGACGACGAGGACGACCACGACGGGUACGAGGGCGAGAACGAGGAGGAUGUCCCGGACGAGGCGUUCGACGAGGCUCUGGACGCCGCCGGCGAGAUGCAGAACGUUGACUACAUCUAG